ACAAAUAAUCGCAACAAGAAUGAUGAACUUGACAAUGGCUAGCUUUGUAUGGUUAGUUUCUUGUCUGUGGCUGUUGAUGUUUUGUUCAACAUCCAUACCCAAGGCAUAUGCAAUGCCCCCACAAUCACCAGUAAAAUGUGAUGCAACUGGAUGCAUUCUUCGCAGUGCUUAUGGUGUAUGGAACGACCGGAAAGAGUGUUGGGUGCAAAAAACAAUCUACCCAACUACAGAGGAAGAACUACGAUUAGCCGUUGCUGACGCAAAUCAGAAGAAAUUCAAAGUAAAGAUUGUAACUGGUUCCUCUCAUUCGAUCCCCAAACUGGCAUGCCCAGGCACAAAGUCAACAAAAAAUUCUGUUCUUAUAAGUACUGCUAAGUACAAUUCUGGAAUCAAAGUUGAUGUUGAGAGUCUUACUGUUACAGCAGAUUCCGGAGUAGGCUUGCGCGAUUUGAUUAAUAAAGUUGAAGAUGCUGGAUUGAGCUUAGUUACUUCACCAUAUUGGGAAGGUUUAAGCAUUGGAGGAGUAAUCAGUACUGGGGCUCAUGGGAGUUCAUGGUGGGGAAAAGGUGGUGCUGUUCAUGAUCAUGUCGUCGGCCUAAGCCUCGUAGUUCCUGCAAAAGAAUCUGAAGGAUAUGCAAAAGUAAUUCAGCUUGAUUCUCGAAAUCAAAUUUUUAAUGCAGCAAAAGUGUCUAUAGGAAUGUUGGGGGCCAUUUCAAAGGUACAACUUUCACUGGAGCCUGGAUUCAAAAGAAGUAUUACAAAUAUUUACAACGAUGAUAGCCAUUUUGAGGAUGAAUUCAUUGGCCUUGCUCAGAAACAUGAGUUUGCAGAUAUCACCUGGUAUCCAUCAAAACAUACAACCAUCUACAGACAAGAUGAUAGAGUUCCCUUAAACAGCUCUGGGAAUGGAAUCAAUGACUACUUCGGGUUCCAAUCUUUUUCAGUUCUCACUUCCUCUGCUGCGCGGUCUUCAGAAGAAGUAUUGGAGGGGACACGGAAUGUGAACGGUAAAUGUAGAAUGGCGGAUACUGUUGUGGGAUUCAUGAAGUUGAUAGCCAAUGGUUUGAGAAACAACAAUUUAGGCUUCACUGGAUAUCCAGUUGUAGGCUGUCAGGGUAAAAUGCAAACAUCUGGUUCGUGUUUAUAUACGUCGAAAUUGGAUAACCUGAGCACAUGCGUAUGGGACCCUAGAAUCAAAGGAGCAUUUUGCUUCGAAACAGCAGCUAUAAUUUCAGCUUCUAAGUUUAGAAAUUUCAUCCAAGAUGUAAAGAAACUAAGAGAUCUGAAACCAGAACAUUUAUGUGGGGCUGACAUAUACUACGGGUUCCUAAUGCGUUUCGUUAAGGCUUCUGACGCAUAUCUAGGCCAACCAGAGGAUUCCGUUGUCGUCCAAUUCACUUAUUACAGAGCUAACGAGGCUUCAACACCAAGGCUGAAUCAAGAUGUAUGGGAAGAGGUGGAGCAAAUUGCAUUCUUUAAGUAUGGGGCAAGGCCACAUUGGGCCAAGAACAGGAAUCUCGUCUUCUUGGGUGUGCAACAGAAGUAUCCUAAUUUUGGUAAGUUUCUUAAAGCAAAGAAACAACUGGAUCCUGAAAAUAUGUUCUCUGGUGAUUGGUCUGAUGAGAUACUUUCUGGAAAUGAAGCAGCAAAAGCCGAGGGUUGCGCAAUGGAAGGGCUGUGCAUAUGUUCAGAAGAUAAGCAUUGUAAUCCAAGCAAGGGAUAUCUUUGCAAACCAGGCAUUAUAUAUAAUAAAGCAAGAGUAUGUAGGUUUUCAACUUCUUAAUUGGCCUGACGAAACGGAAUUGUAAUUCAGUUGUCAUUUUAAGUUUAUAUUCUCAAUAAAAUGCUCGGUGCCGUCCUAAUA